AGUUCGGAAAGGGGGUAGAGAAUGAAUGAGUGAGUAUCUACCUCAUACUAGGCUUAUUAUUCCACUUCAUGCAUUAAAUAUAUUCUUGACAACUUCCUCAGUCAUUUUGAGCUCUGUGAGGUGAGCAGAGACUGACAGGGAAUAUACGGAAUAAGGCGUCAGCCGUCAUGUUGAUGAAAUCACUCGCUUGUCAGAUUUUAGUGCACGAUGUGGACCGGACUGGAACUGACUUAUAUAGAAGUGCUGCAAGUGAGACAGAGAUUCAGAGGAAAAUUUUAGAUGAUGCAAUCUGACAUUCUGUCUUUGCCAAAAAAAAAAAAAGUGGUAGUAAAUAAAUCUCUACUGUAAACAGCUAUAAAAUGCCAGGCGGUCGAGUCGUGCAUAAUGAGAAGUGAUAGACUGUGAGGCGGAUAGUUUUAAAGGCUGACUAUCGAUGGGCUUUUUUGAAUAAAUGGCUCUGAAAAAGACACAACUAUUUACUGCUCCGGGACUCCGUUUCGUGUGCAAGUUAAACUUUGGUCAGGAGUCCAUUGUCUCCAGUGUCUAUCAUUUAAUGGCCACUUUGACAUAAUGAAUGAAGCGGUCCCACCUUCUGUCCUCCAGAAAGGCUCCACUCUUAUCGCCUUUCACAAUCACACUGGAGGAGCUCAGCCAAUCAGGACUCGGUAACGUACGCCCAAAAGCAAAAGAGGGAAAGGAGUUAUUGUUUUCCUUCUGCCUUUUAAUGAAGUUUACCCUGUCGGUCUUUCAGGAAAAUGUUAGUAGUUGGGACAAACUUUGCAAAGAGCUCUGGAGCUUACUCAGAAGGAGCAAGUUCAUGAUAACGAGGGAACCGAGGAUAACGAGGAAUGGCCGGAUCUCCGUCACGACAUCUUGGAUUUGGCAAUUCAGGGAAGAGUUUUCUUAUCGAUAAUUUGCUUCGUCCUGACGAUAAAUCGCCUCCUGCACAGGUCCUACCUGCUGUCAACCAGAAAAGAUGCCUUUCUACGCUGGUGUGUGGGCCACGGGGACUCGCUCCUAAAAGCUCCUGGGUGCCUUCACAUGCUCAACUGAGUAACACUCAUCGAGAGCUGGAGAGAGAGUCACUCCAGACACGUUCAGUGUUGAGUGGUGUGCUGUUGUGUGGGUCUCCUGUUGUUCACCCCUGUUAUAGCGGCUCCGGCCCGCUGACGUGCUCUCCUCCUCUUCUCUGCAAAGGGACGAGUCCUGCAGUAUGGAGUUCUGGCCCAUGCCCUAAACAACAGCACAGAGGUAUCCUGAGGAGAGCCGUGUUCUCUGAACAGCAGAGAAGAGAACUUGAGAAAAUGUUCCGCAGACAGAAAUACAUCAGUAAGACAGAUCGGAACCGACUGGCCACAGAACUCUGUCUGAAAGAAACUCAGGUAAAGAUAUGGUUCCAGAACCGAAGAAUGAAGUGGAGGAACUCGAAGGAGAGAGAAAGCCUGAGCUCCAGGCCACCUAUGGAAGAGCUCUUGUUUAGGAGCAUCCCAGAAAACGGAGAAAUGCUGCAUACACAAACAUUCUCCAGAAGAGAGCGUCGCAUGUCUCAAACACCUGCUGACAAACACCUAAACCGUCACACACACCUAUCUGCUAAUGUUCAGAGAUAAAUGGUGUACAAUUUAGUCAGAAGUUCUUUUUUUUUGAAGCCUUAGUUCUUUUAGUA